AUGGGCGGGUGUUGCAGUUCUGCUUCUGGGGAGGAUGCAGAGCAGAGGAAGAGAAGCCAGAUGAUUGACAAGGGGCUCGAGGAUGAUUCAAAACGAUUACGGAGAGAAUGCAAGAUCCUACUGCUUGGUUCGGGUGAGAGCGGAAAAUCGACGAUCGUAAAGCAGAUGAAAAUUAUCCAUCAGAACGGAUAUUCUGUCGAAGAACUUACCUUGUGCCGUUCAACAGUCUACAAAAAUCUAUUGGAUUGCGCCAAGGACCUGAUAGGAGCUUUACAUCAUUUCGACUUACAGCCAUCCAGCACCAAAGUCAAAGAUUAUAUAGAGUAUCUCAGUUCAUACCAGAUUGACGCGGACCCGAAUACGCCAAUAGAUCCGAAAGUGGGUGAAGCCGUGACAUAUCUCUGGAAUGAUCCUAUAAUGCCAUCCGUGCUCGAACACCAGAACGAGUUCUACCUCAUGGAUUCAGCACCUUACUUCUUCGAGGAAGCCAAACGUAUUACUGCGCCCGACUACAUACCUAAUGAAGCCGAUGUGUUGCGCGCUAGAACAAAGACAACUGGUAUUUAUGAAACGAGAUUCACAAUGGGCCAAUUGAGUAUUCACAUGUUCGACGUUGGCGGGCAGCGGAGUGAACGGAAAAAGUGGAUUCACUGCUUCGAAAACGUAACCUCCAUAAUAUUCUGCGUCGCAUUGAGCGAGUAUGAUCAAAUGUUACUAGAAGAAAGUAAUCAAAACCGCAUGAUGGAGAGUUUAGUGCUUUUUGAUUCCGUUGUCAAUUCCCGAUGGUUUAUGCGAACGAGUAUAAUUCUCUUCUUAAAUAAGGUCGACCUCUUCCGGCAAAAACUCGACCGGUCCCCAUUGAAUAAAUACUUCCCCGAUUACUCUGGCGGAAACGACGUCAACCGUGCCGCCAAAUACUUGCUCUGGAGAUUUAACCAAGUUAACCGGGCGCAUUUGAAUCUUUAUCCUCAGUAUGUAUAG